UGGACGCCGGGCGAGAGAGUGAGGGCGGGGCGACGGACGUCAACACGUCGGGAUGUGGACGUCAUCGCGCCGGGCUCUUAUUUUCACUCUGUUGAUGUUGUCUGGCGUGAGAAGUGUGGGAUUACGACUGCUCUCGAUGGAGGCUCCUUCCUAUGUGUCCGGCAUGCACUCGACUGCUUUUGUCACCUGCCCCAACAUGGAGGAGGCCAAGAAAAUCGCCCGGGCCGCUGUACAGAAGCAACUGGCUGCCUGUGUGAACAUCAUCCCACAGAUAACAUCCAUAUACCAAUGGGAAGGAAAGAUUGAAGAGGACAAUGAAGUUUUACUUAUGAUUAAAACGCGGACCAGCAAAGUUAGCGAUUUAGCAGCAUUUGUACGAUCAAUCCACCCGUAUGACGUGGCAGAGGUUAUCAGCCUGCCGAUCGACCAGGGAAACCCACCGUACAUGAAAUGGCUGAGUCAGGCGGUGCCAGAGUAAGCCUGUGAGCGGGAGAGGCGGGUGAUGUCCAAGCUCGGAGCGUGCCACUCAGCCAGCCGUCCUCGCUCUGCGGGGCUCUGCAUCUGGGCUGUUCCCUCCCCGCAUACCCCCAGCAAAUGCCGCCUCAUUUCCUCCCCUUUCCAAAGGUGCUUUGAAUGUUCCCUCGUACGUAGCUGCAACGAGGUCCCUGACAAUGGGAGCACCUCUCUGUCAUGCAUUGAUCACCCGGUACCCAAGCUACUGACAGUGAAGUGGGAGGGUUCGACUGGGAACUCCCUCCUUGUUAAGCAGUAGUGCCUCACUAACACUGUGGUUGUCCCAUUGCCAAUCUGUGAUUAAAUAUCUUCUUGCUUACUGCA